AUGACCUCUCUGCGGCGUAUUGCUGUAGCCACCAGUUCGGCAACCAUCCGGCUGACAGCUUUUAUGUUUUUGAGAUGGAUUCCUGGUCAUCAUUUUGUGCCACUUAUAUUCACCUCGCUGGUGGUGUAUCUGUCGUCGAUCGCCUCCUUGGUCGGGAACCCCCAGCCUCGUGAAUACCAGACCAACGGAGCCCAAAAAGGAUCAACCAAUCGAAAGCAAGUCCCUGGCCAAGCUAAAGCCGGUGAUUCCGUGCUCAAGACCCUAUUUGGAGGGCUGCCUCAUGCUGGUUCAAAAUUGCUAACAAGAACGACUAUUGUGAUUAAUAUUGUACUGGCACUGUUGGCUCUUGACUUUCUGACUCGUGGAUAUUUGCUUUAUCCCAAUGACAACAUCGCAUUCUCACGUAUUGGAUAUGUCUCCCCGACCACUGCCAACUUGGUCUUACGCGAACCAAACUCGGCCCAUUUGCCGGUGACAGUCAUGUAUCAAGAAUCUGCCGAUAGCUCUGGAGAUUGGUACGAAGAGGGUAUUGUUUACAAGUUGGAUAACAGCACUGACUUUACUACCGCGGUGACCAUAAACGACCUGAAACCCUCAACACAAUACCGCUAUUUGUUGUCCAACAACAAGUCUGGAACAUUCAUCACUGCACCAGAGCCCGGCUAUCCUGAAGCGAGUCGACUUUCUUUUGUCACAUCGAGUUGCUUGAAGCCAAAUUUCCCUUACAACAUCCUGUCACAUCCAUUACGUGUCCCAGGCCUCGAGCAGAUGACCGAAGCUCUUGCCAAACUACCCGAGCUACUUCGCCCGGCAUUCAUGCUCUUCCUGGGUGACUUUAUCUACAUCGAUGUUCCCUACCGGUUUGGGUCAUCCAUGUCCCACUAUCGCAGCGAAUACCGCCGGAUCUACUCUUCCCCGUCAUGGUCACACGGGUCCACAGAUAACCGCGCCAUCGAUCUCCCCUGGCUGCAUACACUAGACGACCACGAGAUCGAGAACGACUGGUCCCAGGGAAACAAGACAUCCCCAUAUCCCGAAGCAGCAGAUCCAUUCAUCCACUACCAUGUGCGAGCCAACCCACCUAUUCCAACAACCCCGUUCGCCCAACCCGACAACGUAACCUACUUCUCCUUCGCCAACGGCCCAGCCUCAUUCUUCAUGCUGGACACACGCACCUACCGCACAGAACCAUCCCAGGAAAACUCCACCAUCCUCGGCCACGCCCAGCUGCAAUCCCUGCUCACUUACAUCUCAACACCAGAGCAGCCAGGCAUCCACUGGAAAAUAAUAUCCUCCAGCGUACCAUUUACUAAGAACUGGCAUGUCGGCACGACAGAUACAUGGGGCGGCUUUUUGGGCGAGCGACGCACCGUCUUCGAAGCAAUGUGGCGCGCUGAGCGAGACCUCGGUAUCCGCGUCAUCUUGCUCAGCGGAGACAGACAUGAAUUUGGCGCCACAAGAUUCCCUGAUCCUGCUCUGAACCUCUCUAUCAAAGAUCUGCAGCCUAACACACCCGGCACAGGUCUGCAUGAAUUCAGCGUUGGCCCAUUGAGCAUGUUUUAUCUCCCGAUCCGCACUUACCGUCAGACAGACAACGAGGAUGUCGCGGUGAAGUAUGUGCCUGAGGGAAAUAGCAAGUUCGGGCUUAUUGAUAUUGCUGAUGAUGUCGAGGAUGUGGAUCCGGAUGCUGAGGCGCCGGUUCCUGUUCGCAGCUCGGUGCUUACUUACUCGCUCUAUGUCGAUGGUGAGGUUGUCUGGAGGUAUCGUCUUAGUGUUCCGCUGGAUCGCGAUGCGGUUGCUCAUGCCUCGUUGACGGAUUCUGAUAAGGCCUCGCGUCUUCCGUCUGGCCGUGUGCUUGAGGAUAAACUUCCGGACUUGAGUUGGAACGCUGUGUUGGGCAGUGUUGUGGGACGGGUGCCAGAGUUGUCUAAAUGGGUUGUUGGCAGAUGUCAAGACACCUACUUUGACCUUGCGGGUCGAGUGCUUAAGGCCGAGCGACUAAUUGACUAG